GUUUGUGUGAAUCGUUUUAAUUGCAAACACAGUCACAUCGACUGAAGAGGUCUACUGAUCGGAUCCAGUGAUGCCUUACGCCAACCAGCCGUCGGUCACAAUACCCGACUCCGGGAUCACCGAAGAGAGCAUCAAAUUCAGUGUCGAAGACACGGACCUAUCGGUGGCCAACGCUUUGCGGCGCGUAUUCAUCGCCGAAGUGCCCACUCUUGCCAUCGAUUGGGUGCAACUCGAGGCGAACUCAUCGGUACUUCACGACGAGUUCAUCGCCCAUCGGUUGGGUCUGAUCCCAUUGACGUGCGAUGAUGUGGUCGAUCGCAUGCAGUACUCCCGCGACUGCACGUGUGUUGACUUCUGUCCCGAUUGUUCCGUUGAGUUCACUCUCGACGUGAAGUGCACUACAGAAGAGACCAAAUCGGUGACCAGCGCUGACCUUAAGUCAUCGGAGGCGCGAGUGCUGCCCGUCUCCUCCAGACAUCACGACAACGACGAGGACUACGACGAGACGGACGUCGACAACGAGAUACUGAUCGUGAAGUUAAGGCGCGGACAGGAACUCAAGAUUAAGGCCUACGCCAAGAAGGGGUUCGGCAAAGAGCACGCCAAGUGGAACCCCACGUGUGGUGUGGCCUUCGAGUACGAUCCGGACAACGCCUUCAGACACACGCUGUUCCCCAAACCGGAGGAAUGGCCGCGAAGUGAGUACUCGGAGUUCAACGACGAGGACACCCGCUAUGAGGCCGACUAUAUUCGCGACGGAAAGCCCAAUAAGUUCUUCUUUACCGUCGAGUCGUCCGGAUGUCUAAAACCGGCCAAUAUUGUCAUGUCUGGACUCAACCAACUCAAGAAGAAGUUGAGUGAUUUGCAGACUCAGGUCACCCUCGAGAUGCAGAACGACGCACUCGCCAUCAACUGAUCCACAUAUCCAUCGACACUCUCAUCCAACCUAUCAAUUAAUAUUCAAUGAAUGCCAGAGCGAGACAGUACUGGACAGUACUACUGGUAUUGUUUUUAUGUCAAUAGUAAGCCCUAUCCACCCGAUAAUGACAGUAAACUCCGGUUUAUGUGGAAUCAAAUUCAUUGAAUAUACCGCAC